CCUCGAGUCCGACACGUAAUCAAAUCGCUAAAAAAUAUUUGAUACUUUCAAAAUAUACAGUACAAAAAAUGACUCAAAUAAAAAUGGUCGUCCUGCUAACCUGUCUCUCAUCAAAUUUAGUGUAUUCCUUCCGACUUGAAAAUGAAAACCAUCCCUCCAGAACUCCAACCCUAGAAAAUGCGGAACAACCACAAUCUCAUUUUCCGGAGGGAUCAGUACCAAACGUCGCGCAUCCAAAUGCCAAAGAUUCAUUUGGAACGAAUCGGAAGUCCAGGCAGAUGCCAUUCAUCAUCUACGGGGGAUGCUCAGCAAACAGUGGUUUUGGAUAUGGCGCGCGAUCCUCCCCGAACGCUGGAGAUAUUCCAGAACAUCUUCGCUGGUGUUAUCAAAGAUUUGGGAAUGAUUGUUUGAAAAUUCUGCGAAUGUGUCAGCUUGAUAGUUACUGCCGAAGCCGAGAAUGCGCUCAGGGUGAUACGGACUGUGCCAUUCAUGUCCUACAACUAUAUUCUGGUUAUACAUCGGAACGACUGUUUGGCCCCUAUCAGUUCUACCCCUUUCGUUAGGGUUAGCAUUUUAUAAUUAUGAUUUAAUCGUUUAAUUAAGUAUGAGACUUUUUUGCAUGCAAAGCUUAUUGCGAAAGAAAGACCAAACCAUAGACGCGCCAUAGAAAAGUGAUACAAAAAGCUAAACUGUCUAAUUUUCUAAUUGUCUAAAUUGUCUAAUUGUCUAAUUGUCUAAAUCUGAUUGUCUAAUUUUAAUGGACAAACCAUAAGGUUGUCGGGAUCUAUUAUGAUGCGGACAUUAUUUAAAAAAAAUAGGAGUAAGAAUUAUAUCUAUGUAGGUAAUUUAAUUGCUAUGUCUUCAUUUAAAAAUAAAUUUAAAAACAACUGGAUGUAAAAUUUUUAUUUUGUAAAGUAUUUAUGUGGAUAGCUCUAAAGUAACUCUGAAGAUAACCCUAAAGUAGAUACCUCUUUCUGACGGAAUAUAUAAGUACGGGUGACCAACAUUGUCGUUCGUAACAGUGUCGUUUCGUUUCAUAACAUAACUAAUAAAGUAAUAUAAAGCUUAAAAAAAUAAAUCGUACGUACGUGAACAGAA